AUGGCUAGUAACGAGAUUGAUAUGCAUAACGAAGCUAUCAGUAAGCAAGAUCAACAAAAACCAUCCACUUCUCAGUCUCAAUCAUCCACUCUUGCAAGCACGAUCAUUCAGAAUGAUGAAUGCAAUGAACUAUCACCAGUUGAAUUUGAAGUCCAACAAAGAGGGAAUCGUUCAGAACGGACUUCCAGCGAUCGAUCUAAGAGAAUAAUUAGUACAAAAGAACAUGAACAGGUUCUAAGUGGGAAAUUCGAUUUUGGUGAUCGAGAUAAAAAACCUGUAUAUAAUACCACUUUGCCGCCUUUGAAAGAGGAUGAAGGCAAGGAAUGGACAAUUGAUGAGCUCAAAACCUUGCACAACUGUAUAAAUUCCUAUGGCAUAAAGGAUAAUUGCUUGUUCCAUGCAACAAAAAAUAUCCCAAAUCGUUCGAUGGUUGACAUACGUGAAAAAAUUUCUGGACUUCGUGAAUUGAUUCGACUAAGGCAUGAAAUGCGAGUUGAAACACGAAAAACAGAAUGGUUGGAGGAAAUUAUAUUACCUUCUAAAACUAGUGAGAUCCAAGAUUGGUCAAGCGCUGUCCACGUUAUUCAGAAUCGAAAACGCCGAAUUAAUGAUUAUACUGACUCAGCAUUGCUAGAUUAUUUGGCACAUGAAGUCAAAUGUCGACCAGCAUCUGUGGAUACUAGGAAAUAUUUUCGGGUUACCGACUCGCCGUAUUGUCGUAGUGCUAAUAAAAGACAAGUUGUUGAUUGUGCCGAUUACUAUCGUUUCCUGCAGACAUGCCUUUCAGGAAUGUCAACAUUGGGUUGCAAACCUUUCGACUCCGCUAUAAUUUUGAAUAUUUUGGAAGAAAUCCAAAAGGAAGUUGAUGAUCCAAAGCACGAGAAAAGACGUCGAAUAUUGGCUGGGAUAUUUCGAGACAUACAGAGCGGUGAUUUAUCUGAUUACGAUUUUCGAGACGCAGUUAGUAGUAAUGAUAUGUUGUGUAUGCAGUUGAAUCCAUUAACCUUAAUGCGUGAAAUGUUGGAAAUAGAUGAUGAGCAUGAGCAAUGUUAG